AUGCUUAAAAGGAAUGUUGCGCGAACGUUGAUUUCGAUAAGAUCAAAAGGAAUUUCGGCCGAAGAUCAUAAUGUUGUCACAAAGGAAGCACUGAGAUUAAUGACAAAACCCGAAAAAGAAGAGACGGAAGUUCAGAAAGUCGCCAAUGAAUCGACAGUGUUUCGUCCGCCGUAUUAUCGUAUCGCACAUGAAAAUUUAAAAGAGGCGAAACACAUUUUACAAGAAGAAUUUCCGAAUGCUGGAGACGCUUCUGGAGCUGGUGUACGUCUUUAUGAUUAUUAUAAAACCGCCGAAAUUGUGCAUUCAUUGCCGACGAUCAAAGAGAAAAUCGAUUUUGUCUCACCUUAUGAGCGACCGUGGACACGAGCGGAAAAAACGUGGAGAAGAGAUUGGCAUCCAUCAUUAAUGGCGACGAGAAAAGCUUGGGGAAUUCCAGUCACUCCGAUGUACUUCGAUACUUUUCAUUAUUAUCAAAAUUUGACGAAGACAAGAGUUGAACAUGGAUCGCUUGAUGAGUAUUAUCAUGGGUUAAGGCCGCCAACACAAGAAUUUAAUAAUAGCUUUAUUAGUACAUUAGACUCUAUGGGAUUUGGAGAUGGCAUGGAGUUUGAUGACGAGAAAACACAGAAACUUCUCGGGGCCAUGAUUGACGAUGCAAUGGGCGGAAUCGCGCACAAUGUUUCACGUCUUGCUGAUCAACGUGUUGCUUAUGACGUCGCCAGUGAAGCAUUCUGGAUUCGCAGCGGAUUCGCAUUCCUCUACAACGAGCCUGAGAAGGGAACCGGAGAGGAGAAGAAGAGGAUCUUCAAUUUUCCGAAAUACAUUGGCGACGAUCGUAGAAAACUUGGCGAGCUUGCGUUUGUGCAUCGCGACAAAUUGGCAGCGCAGGUGCGCAGUCGUGAUCCGCUCACUCCGUACUUCCCAUUGGAUUCUGAGGACGCGAAAUUGCCAGUGUUCGAUGAGAAUAUGCUGUCGGAAUGGUUGCAGUACUCGCCCAAGGUGUACAACUUCUGGCCGGAUUCACAGCCACUAUGGCAGUGUCCUGGAUAUCAUGCGGAUUCUGAUGAGUCGCACUCCUAUGGAGUUCUUGCCGUCAAAUCAUUGAGGCCGUUGAGGCAGCGAGUUGCCUAUUGGAUGGGAUGGGAGAAUGACAAAGAUAUUGAUGAUGUCGAAGAAGCCAAGCAAAUGUUUGAUGAAGCUGCAAGAUCUCAAGCCGUUGUGUCGCUCUUCACCACAUUGUGUGCCCAGGCGCAUUGUCACGGAUUCACCCAAUAUACUGACGUUACAAGGCCGUUCACUUCACAAUUAAUCCUUUCUGAUGGAAUCAAUUUCUAUUUCGCCGUUGGCCAAUUAAACACAUUGGCUAUUAACAUUGAAUGCGAAGGAUUCGUUAAUCCGAAGAGCAAUUUUGUCCGAAUUGAAGGACCGUUCCGUCUUUUCAAUUUGUACGAUACUGAGGAAGGAUACAAGACUGCUGAGGUGUCCGAGGAGACGAAAGAAGUCAAAGUGAGCAAUUCGCUCAAUCAUAAAGUGCUAGAACGAAUCACUCAGAUGCUUAUGAAGCAAUAA